UCAAAACAGAAUUUUACUCCCUCCGUCUCAAAAAAACAAUUCACAUUGAGUUUUGAACUAUUUUUAUAGGGCGGAGAUAGUAUUUUAUUUUUUUUCCAAAAGCAAUCAGAACUUCUGCCCAUUAAUGUGACGAGUGACGACUGAUUUAAAUGCGGAAUACACUCUAUUUUCUGUGAAAACAAUAUGAUUAAUACGCAACACAAAAAUAGUAGUAUAAGAUUGGAAGUCCUCAGUGAUCGAUCACUUCAGCCAUGAAACCUUUCUCUUUUCUAAGAUGAAAAACCAAUCCAUUACAUCUUGUAUUCACGUCCUGCUGUUUCUUCUCUUUACUUUAUCCCUAAACUCAUUAGCUUCUUCAUCAGUUCAUCCUCAUUACUUGCAAAAAGGUGCCAUUUUAUCCGUGGAAGAUCAUGAUACGAGAUUCAUCAGAUCCCGAGACCAGACGUUUACUUUUGGGUUUUACAAAAUAGGAAUCAAUGCUUAUUCAUUAGCAAUAUGGUUCACGAAUUCAAAAGACAAAACAGUGGUUUGGAUGGCAAACAGAGAAAGACCCGUCAAUGGAGUCGGGUCAAAGGUUUCUUUGAGCCGAAAUGGAGCAAUGGUCUUAACAGAUGUCGAUGAUGUGGUAGUAUGGGAGACCAGCAGAAUCACCUCUACGGAAAUCGAUCGAGCUGAGCUUCUUAAUUCCGGCAAUUUAGUCCUCAAGAACUCCACAGAUGUUGUAAAUUGGCAGAGCUUUGAUUAUCCGACGGAUACGCUGUUGCCUACUCAAAUGUUUACAAAGAGCAAGAGUUUGGUGUCUUGUUUAAGGAAGGGAAGCUAUGAAUCUGGCUACUUCCACAUGAAUUUCGACAGCGACAACGUUUUGAAGUUGGUCUACGAUGGUCCUGAGAUAUCCGGUAUAUAUUGGCCUAACUAUGACUUUACUGUGUUCCAAAAUGGAAGAACGAACUACAACAGCAGCAGAGUUGCUGUUCUUGAUGAUAUGGGGAGGUUCUCGUCAAGUGACAUGAUGAAUUUCGACGUCGUCGAUGCAGGUUUCGGGAUCAAAAGAAGGAUGACACUUGAUUUUGAUGGGAAUUUACGAGUCUACAGCUUGAAUAAUUUGACUGGAGUUUGGUAUGUAUCAUGGCAAGCUCUGUCAACACCCUGUUCUAUCAGGGGCCUGUGUGGAAGAAAUGGUAUUUGCAUUUAUUCUCCUGAACCUAAAUGUUCAUGUCCUCCUGGAUUUGUGGUUUCUGAUCCCAGUGAUUGGAACAAGGGAUGCAAGCCCACAUUCAAUCUCAGUCAUCCGAUCAAUCAGCCGGUGAAAUUCGUGAAGAUUUCUGAUGCAGAUUACUAUGGUUUUGAUCUCAAUUAUAACCAAUCGAUUUCAUUGGAAGCUUGCAAGGAACUUUGCCGGAAGAAUCCCAAUUGCCUAGCAAUCAACUACAAAUCGACGGGAAGCGGGAAUUGUUAUACAAAGAGUGCGCUUUUCAAUGGCUACCAACCCCAAGGAGCUGGAUCCAUAUUCCUCAAAGUCCCUCAAAAUCUGUCAGUCUCGGAGCCGGUUAUACUUGACGGCGUUCGAGCAAGAUGUGAAUCUAAUCCAAGAGAAGUAGUGCAAGGUUACUCGUCUAUGUACAUUACAGUGUCAGGGACAGGAAGGACGAUAUGGAUCUAUCUCUACUCAAUUUGUUUCACUCUUUUGGUUAUCGAAAUCGUGUUAGUUCUUCUGGGUUGGUUUUUCCUUUUUAGGAAAGGCAGUCUUCCGGAUACAGUCAAUGCCGGAUAUCAGAUGAUCGCCAGUCAAUUUAGGAGAUUUAGUUACAAGGAACUAAAGAAGGCAACCGAUAAUUUCAAAGAAGAGCUCGGGAGAGGAGGCUCAGGAGUAGUUUACAAGGGUGUAUUAGCUGAUGGCAGGUUGGUAGGGGUAAAGAAAUUAGGAGAUGUUCUUCUUCAGGGUGAAGAAGAAUUCUGGGCAGAGAUUAGCAUUAUAGGGAAAAUCAAUCACAUGUAUCUAGUUCGAACUUGGGGAUAUUGUUCGGAAAAGAGACGCCGGCUUUUAGUGUAUGAAUACAUAGAGAACUCUUCCUUGGACAAGCAUCUGUUCAUCAGCUCAAACUUUCUGGGAUGGAAACAAAGGUUCGCAGUGGCAUUAGGAACAGCUAAAGGUCUGGCUUACCUACACGACGAGUGUCUCGAAUGGGUCAUUCAUUGCGAUGUAAAGCCCGAAAACAUACUUCUGGAUCGCGAUCUUCAACCUAAGAUUGCUGAUUUUGGUCUUGCUAAGCUCUAUCAGCGAGAAGUUGGGGGAUCCGGCUUAGAGUUGUCGAGAAUUCGAGGGACAAAAGGUUACAUGGCGCCGGAAUGGGCUCUGAAUCAACCCAUUUCAGCAAAGGUUGAUGUGUAUAGUUUUGGAAUUGUAAUCCUGGAGAUGGUCAGCGGAUUCAGGCUUUCAAGCUGGACCAUGAACCAUAGAAAUAAUCAACCAGAAACAGAACUAACAAAGUUAAUGAGGGUAAUUAAGGAACAAGGAGAGGAGUCCUGGAUGGAAACUGUAGUUGAUCCAAGAUUGGGAGGAAAGUUUAACAAGAAACAAGCUAUUAUCUUGAUCAAAGUCGGCGUUUCUUGUGCUCAGGAGGACAGAAACAAGCGGCCUGGAAUGGCUUCUGUUGUUGAGACUCUGCUUCAAUCUGAAUGUAGCAGCGACGAGGAAACCUGAUUGUAAUAAUAAACUUUCCCUCCUCGAUUUCUAGUGCAAUUUUAAGAAUUGCAUGUAAUAAUUGAUAGACGAGUUUGAUCCACUGUAACUGGAUUUUAUAUGUUUCAUAAAGGUAGAUGAUAUAAUUGCCAUUGAAGACUUCGGUAUAUAUUUUCUUAUCAUGGUGCAAAUUUAAUAAGAUGCAAUUAAUCGAACUUGUAUAAGCCAAAAACUUUAAACCACCAAUGUAGCAAAUCGAGUAAAUGGAAAUGCACCGGAACUACAAAACUCGAAAUAAUCAAUUUAUGCUCUAAUCAAACACUAGUGCUGUAAUGUUGUAAAACGAAGGGGCAACAUUUUGAGUGUGAUGAUUGUUGUCCCUACAGUAGUUACCGUGUUUAUUGUAAGAAGAUUGAAGGCAUCAUAGUCCUCCCUUUC